ACACUGAAAAUGUUAAAAUUAUGCCUCCACAUACAACACCUUCAUUUACGGAAUCUAUUUCACUUGGUAUUACAGAGAUAGACGAUGCCUUAGGCGACUGUUUAUUGCUUGGUAUGCUUACAGAGAUAUAUGGCGAAUCCGGGUCUGGAAAAACGCAGGUCGCACUGACCUUAGUGGCUGAGGAACUUGUAAGAAUGCAAGAGGCAGAUUCCAAUGAUGUCAUGCUUUACUUCCAAACAAGUAGGGCGUUCCCAAUGCAACGUUUUUGUGACAUAAUAGAACACAAACGAAAGUCUAAGAAUAGCCGUUUCAAAGGAGCUCCAUUGGGUCCUAGAGAAAUAGCGAAGCAUCUUCGUAUUUAUAGACCGUCUGAACCCACGCUUUUCCUUGAAGAAUUAAGGAACCUACACGCUGAUGUCGGCGCAUCUUAUCACAUUCGGCUUAUUGUAAUUGAUUCAAUCGCAUGUUUAUUCGGAGAUUGCAUGGAAGAUAAAGAUGCCGAUAACGCCAGUAUGAACACACUGCUCAAUGUUGCAUCUAUUCUGAAGCGUCUAGCCCACCAGAAGAAUGCUUUGAUACUUCUUAUAAAUGAGGCGAUUGCUGGGAAUCUAGAUGCUUCUGCGGGAACCGGAAUGACACAUACAUUGGUGACACCCGCACUCGGCGAUCUUUGGUCGCAGGCUAUUAACUGCAGAAUACUAAUAGAGGCGAUUAGAAGUUCAUCCUCCACUAGACGGUUUUUACGUAUUUUAUUUAAUUGCAAUGGACCACCUUCAAUCCCGCUAGAUUUCAAAAUAGCUGCAUCUGGUAUUCGCGCAUGCCGAGUAACUCAUAUAGAUGGAUAAGCAACCCUUAUUUUCUUCGGUAGGGAUUCAAUAGCAAUGAUAAAAAACAAUGAUGGGGACAUAUCGAUAUUUAAGCCACUAAACUAUAUG